UACAUUUUAUUCCAGAGCUAUCUACACAUUACAAGUUCAGGAUGCUAUCUUUGGGCAGGUUAAGGGCUGGAGGUAAAGGUGUUCAAGCCUUCCGAAGUGGAGGGCAUAUCCAAUCGCGUCAGUUUUUUCUCACGUCAUUAGCGACCUUAUUUGGCCCCAUUAUAUUUAGUGAAAACAAUCGAUUGGCAGAUAAGAUGGAGAGUGGUCAAUUACAUUAUAAGGAUCCCAAUUCUGUUUUCAAUCAAGGUAGCAAUGAGGAUAACAGAUACUUCAAGAGAAAAGAACCCAAUUAUCCAGGACAUGUACCUCUUUACAAUUUUGAAAAACUAUUAAUGAUCUUGGGAUCCUCGGCGGGAGCAUAUUUCCAUCCAGAACGUAACGAGUUCAUUGUUGGAUUGGGAGAAUCCACCGCGAUAACUCCGGUUUUACGCAGCUUACAACAUCAAAUGUUAUCAGAUCCAACUGGUAGAAAGAUUUUGAAAGAGAGACCUCGUAUCACUUCGACAUCAUUAGACUUGGAUUAUCUUAGAUCGCUACCAGAGAAUACAAUUGGAAAUUCAUAUAUCAAAUGGCUUGACCGAGAAGGAGUGAGUCCCGAUACUAGAGUUCCAGUUAAAUACAUUGAUGACGAAGAAUUAGCCUACGUUUAUCAACGUUAUAGAGAAUGCCAUGAUUUCUACCAUGCAAUCACCGGAUUACCAAUCAUAAUUGAAGGAGAAAUUGCCGUUAAAGUUUUAGAAUUCAUGAACAUAGGAAUCCCCAUGUCGGGAUUAGGUGCUUUAUUUGCACCCUUAAGAUUGAAAAAAAGCCAAAAGGAAAGAUUAUAUAACAUAUACUAUCCCUGGGCAUUCAAGAGCGGAUUGAACUCCAAACCUUUGAUCAAUGUUUACUGGGAAAAUAUCUUAACCAAAGAUAUAAACGAAUUCAGGAAAGAAAUGGGAAUUGAAAAACCCCCAGAUUUAAGAAACUUACGUAAAGAGUACUUUGAAAAAUUGAAAAGGGCUAAAAAAAUUUAAUGUCUGUCGGUAACGAGCAAUGCAAUAACGUCAUGAUAUAAUACUUUUAACGAAUAUAAUGUACUUGCCAUUUUGUAGAUGAUCUUGUUUGACAGAGCCUCAGCCGUCUAAAUCAGUGACUCCAUCGAGCAAUUUCAACAGUGAGACAAACAAACAAACCACGCUAACAAAGCAAAAAAAAAAAAAACGAAAGUACACCAAAUUUCAAAACAGCAAGGGAAUUUGGCUGGAAUUGUAGGAAUGACUUCUUCUUAUAAGAUCUCGGUUAUCCGAUAGGAUUGAAAGACGAAGGACUGGAGAAUAAAAGAUCAUUAUCGAGUAAUAUGUCACAGUUAUUGUACCAGUAUUUUUUGAAAAAAACCAACUUAGAUCAUGUGGUUCAAGUAGGACCCGAGGACGAUCCAUAUUUUGAAGAGAUACC